UUUUUUUCUGUCUAAUUAAGUGCUUUAGAUUCAGACUGAACUUGUACUCCGUGUCGUAUUUUCCCCGAGAAGUUAAACGUUUAACUUCUCAUGGACCGAAACAAUUUGCCGAAAGUUUGCGGAGGACUCGGGAACAUCGGAGAAAUUGUUCUGCUUUGUUAACUGACCUCUGUUUUCUUCGAGAACUUUCCUAGAAUAAGUGAAUUUUUUUUACUUUGCGAAAUGGCAAGAACAAGAAGCGUAAAAGGAUCGUAAAUGUCUGGAUUUUUAUAUGAAGGAUGUCCUGCAGCUUGUUGCCCUGGCCGAGGCUCCCAUAAUUCAAUCAGGUGCUUGGCUUUGCCCUCAGAUGAGCCAUUGUGUGGACUAAGCCAGGCCAUCAGUGUGGAGUAGCAGAGGAGAAAGUGCAGCGGGCGUGUGUGGUGGGCAGAGUUUUGGCUGGAGACGCACACACUCAUGCCCCGGUUGUUGGAACCGGUUGCUGAAGGCUCUUUGAUGGCCCGUCUGCUUUUACUGCUGCUGGUGCUUCUGCUGGGAUUCAGCUCUAACUUCUCUCAUGCGAACGUGCUGGACGCAAUGCUGUUGAGGAAUUCUGGGAAGGUGACGCUGGAUAGCCGAAAGGAGGACAUUAGGAGCUCAGUGCCUGUGGUUCCUGAGAGGACACUGUGGUGUCACUGUUACCACCACUGUCCAGAGGACUCUGUCAACAACACCUGCAGAACUGAUGGCUACUGCUUCACCAUGGUGGAGGAGGAAGAGGGUGGCCCCCCAACACUCACCUCAGGCUGUUUGGGUUUGGUGGGCUCUGAAUUUCAGUGCAGGGAUACGGGGAAUUCUCGUUUAAGAAGGGCGUUGGAGUGCUGUACGGAUCAGGACUACUGCAACCGAGACCUUCAUCCAACCCUGCCUCCUAUUAACACCCCGAACUACGUGGACAACAGCAUCCACCAGAUGGCUCUGUUCAUCUCUGUAGCCGUGUGCAGCAUUAUCCUCAUCUUUAUCAUUGUGUUCUGUUACUUCAGGUACAAGCGCCAGGAGCUGAGGCCCCGGUAUACUAUUGGUUUGGAGCAGGACGAGUCAUACAUCCCUCCAGGAGAGUCUCUGAAGGACCUGAUCCAGCAGUCACAGAGUUCAGGCAGUGGCUCAGGACUUCCCCUGCUGGUGCAGCGCACCAUAGCUAAGCAGAUCCAGAUGGUGAAGCAGAUCGGAAAGGGACGCUACGGGGAGGUGUGGAUGGGCCGCUGGAGAGGCGAGAGGGUGGCUGUCAAGGUGUUCUUCACCACUGAGGAGGCCAGCUGGUUCAGAGAGACCGAGAUUUACCAGACUGUCCUCAUGAGGCAUGAGAAUAUACUAGGCUUUAUCGCAGCAGACAUAAAGGGAACAGGCUCAUGGACACAGCUGUACCUGAUCACAGAUUACCACGAGAGCGGCUCUCUCUACGACUACCUCAAAUCCACCACGCUGGAUAUACGGGCACUGCUACGCCUAGCGUACUCGGCCGUCUCAGGGCUCUGCCACCUGCACACUGAGAUCUUCGGCACACAGGGCAAGCCAGCCAUCGCCCACCGUGACCUCAAGAGUAAGAACAUUCUGGUGAAGAAUAAUGGCACAUGUUGCAUCGCUGACCUCGGACUAGCUGUCAAGUUCAUCAGUGACACCAAUGAGGUAGAUAUUCCUCCUAACACACGAGUGGGCACCAAGCGCUAUAUGCCCCCAGAGGUACUGGACGAAACCCUGAACUGCAACCACUUUCAGUCCUACAUCAUGGCUGACAUGUACAGCUUUGGCCUGAUCCUGUGGGAGAUCGCCAGGAGAUGUGUGUCAGGAGGGAUUGUGGAGGAGUAUCAGUUGCCUUACCAUGACCAGGUACCUACAGACCCAUCCUAUGAAGAUAUGAGAGGAGUGGUGUGUAUAAAGCGACAGCGGCCCUCUUUUGCCAACCGUUGGGCAAGUGAUGAGUGCCUCAGGCAGAUGGGCAAGCUGAUGAGUGAAUGCUGGGCGCAUAACCCAGGAUCCCGCCUCACCGCCCUCAGGGUGAAGAAAACUCUGGCUAAAAUGUCUGAGUCGCAGGACAUUAAACUGUGAGGAACACUCAGAUCGCUCCAACAGACUCAGAGAAAAGUGGUGGAGGUUGAGACAGCCGUCCCACUCCUCUCCGCUCCAAGCCGAGCGACAGGCCCCCAAAGGCCUCAUUCUGCUUUCUGUGAAAGCUCCCAGCCAGCAGAGCACAGGACAGGUUGCCCCCCCUGCUGGUGCACACUAGAGAAAGCCUCCUCACACGCUGACACCCAGGACAGACGGAGCAGUGAGCGCUGCCCAUCACACCCUCAUCUACAGCCUUUUAUUUGAUGUCACACCUUUCUGCUAUGGUUCUGUUGCCUUUUUUUUUUUAAUUUAAUGUUGAUUUAUCAUUUUCAGUGAAAGGUAAAAUAUGCUUCAACGAAAAGGUUGAAAAAACUAAGUGCAUAAUAUAAUUUCCUCUAUUUUUGUCCACUGAUAUUAGCUAAAGGGUUACAGUACUUGAAGACGUAGUGUGUAUAUCCUUGCAUUUCAUGUGACAUCACACUGUAUAAUCGCUGCCAUUUUGAGGACAGAAUAGAAGACUGCAUCUUUCAGUAUCCAAUACACUUCACUACAUACAGUUCUUGAUAUCGACUUUCCUUCCCUAUAAUGACAAAUUCUGGAGAACUUCCCUGUGAUCCUUUACACUCAACUUCUAUACUCUUGGAGGUGCUCAAAAAUAGCGAGACCUUUUACAGGGUGUCUGGAAAGUCAGGGACCAUUGGGAAUAUGUUGAGCAAAUCUGUAAAAAAAAACAUAAUACAGAGUGUAAAGGUACGUAAAACACAUGAAGCAUAUGUUGUAAAUAAUAAAUAUAAAAUUAAGUAUUUCACUCAUUGGUUCCUGAAUUUUCGGACACUGUGAAUCAGGAAAGUUUGAACACUCUUCUGCCGGUCUGUUUUAUUGGCUUUGUCAAGGUACUGCUAAUCAUCUUCCAAAGUGUGGUGAGUAAUUUUAGCCUUCCCUCUAGUUGCAAUCGCUUAUUACAGCUGAGCCAGAAAUUCAUUCCCAAAUACGUUUAGAAAAAUUACAAGAGUGAAACGCAAGGAAAUAUUAUGUUUGCAAAAAAUAGUGCUGGAUUUAAAAAAAAAAGAAAAAGAAAACUCUGACACUCAGCCGGUGGGAGUAACAGUGGAGUUAUGAAGGUACGGACCAUUUGUAGGCUAGUUCAGUGUAAAUGUGCAUUUUGAGGCCGUUUAAUUUAAUAUUCAUUGCUAUAUUACCCAGCCCUAUGCUUUGAUUGAGGUUAAUUAAAGUAACGAUGCAGACGAUACCUACUGUAGGCAUUCUUAUUACCUUUCAGGCCAUUUGUGUUUGCCCUGUACAUACCUGUAACUCAAAAUAUGAAUGUAAAUAGUGAUAUUGAAAUGUAUUGUUAAUUAUGGAUUGAAUAAGUAAAAUGUUUUCGUUUGUGUUUCCCUUAAGGGACUCUGUUUUGGUUUGUGCCUUAUUUAACGUUCAUUUAUUAUGUGAAGUUACUGAUGGAAAGACAACACAGCACCAGUUGUGAAAGUUCAGCAUUGUUUCACUCUAAAAAAUGUCCAGUCAGGAGUAUUACUCCCAUUCCUGUAGGAUCUGCUGGAUCACAUCGUUGUUAGUGUUCCAGUCUCCUCCAGGGUCAAAAGGAAUAUCAGAUCUGAGGAUCUUCACCUGACAUCUCUUCAUCACUAGAUAUUCCUUCCUGCCUCUUAAGAGCCUCUUUUGUCACUGUGUGAUGGGCAGGAAACUGUGUGGCCUUUAUGCAUAGCAGAAAUAUUUGAACUUGGCUGAUUUCAACCAUGACUGAUGAGGUUUUCUUCCACCUGGUACUCAUUAGGUUAAUGUGCACACUGUGACUGGCAAAUACCUCACUGCACAAGCUGUAUUAUUGGCCACAGGUUCGCUGUAAAACUAUACAUCCGUGUGUUUCUCCUCUUCCUGCAGUAUGUAUGUAAAUUGGAGUGAUUUAACAGCUAUGUAUAUCAGGUUAACAUUCCCAUUCCCCUUUAAUAAAAGGCUUAAACAUCCUACACACUGUGUCA